UAUUUUUUAUUUACAAAAUGGUUUGGUCAUUCUUUCCAUUUAAGAGUAUUUGAUAAAAAUGGUAUUGAAAUGAACUUUGAUCAUGUACAUGUCGAUGAUGUUGAUAUUGCACCUAUUGAUUCUCUUCAAGAUCUGCCUCCCACUGCUGUUGCUGAACAAGCCACUGGACAUAUUAUUCGUUUUGUUCGAAUGGCUGCUGACUAUUUUCGGCUUCCUGAUGAUGUUUCCAUAAAGGCUAAACUUGAUUUGGGUGUUAAAAGUAUCACAAUCAGACUUUUGCAUCUUAAUCCUCAGAAGGAAUUUCCUAAUGGUACUAUACGUCAAGCGAGACUCGAAGGUUAUUGUUAUGCAUUAAGUAGUUGGUCGAGAUUAAUGAACAUUGCUGGCAUUAAGGUGGGUGACACGGUUUAUUUUUGUUUUGACGAAACUGAACAAGUUUUGAGUGUAGAAAGGGUUGUUUCUCCUUUGAACCAUAUUUAGU